GAUGACACAGUGGUUAUUGCGGGCAAGCCCUAUAUCUUUGACAAAGUGCUCCCACCUAACAUUUCACAGGAAAAUGUUUACAAUGCCUGUGCAAAGCAGAUUGUUAAAGAUGUUCUUGGAGGUUACAAUGGAACCAUUUUUGCUUACGGUCAGACCUCCUCAGGAAAAACACACACCAUGGAGGGGAAGCUGCAUAACCCUCAGCUGAUGGGAAUCAUUCCUAGAAUCUCACACGACAUCUUUGAUCACAUUUACUCCAUGGAUGAGAACCUAGAGUUCCACAUCAAGGUUUCUUAUUUUGAGAUCUACAUGGACAAAAUUAGAGACCUGCUAGAUGUUUCCAAGACCAACCUAGCUGUACAUGAAGACAAAAACAGAGUUCCAUAUGUGAAGGGCUGCACAGAGAGGUUUGUCUCCAGUCCCGAGGAGGUGAUGGAUGUUAUUGAUGAAGGAAAAGCCAAUCGGCACGUUGCUGUUACAAAUAUGAAUGAACACAGCUCUAGGAGCCACAGCAUCUUCUUGAUUAAUAUUAAACAAGAGAACGUGGAGACAGAGAAGAAGCUGUGCGGGAAGCUUUAUCUGGUAGACUUGGCUGGUAGCGAGAAGGUUAGCAAGACUGGAGCAGAAGGAGCUGUUCUAGAUGAAGCUAAAAAUAUCAACAAGUCUCUGUCUGCUCUGGGCAAUGUCAUCUCUGCACUGGCAGAAGGGACUAAAACCCAUGUACCAUACAGAGACAGCAAGAUGACCCGUAUUCUCCAAGACUCUCUGGGGGGCAACUGCAGAACCACCAUCGUCAUCUGCUGCUCCCCUUCUGUCUACAAUGAAGCUGAAACCAAGUCCACCCUGAUGUUCGGACAGAGCCACUCCACCCUUCCCUGA